AUGGGCAUAGAUGAGAAGAAGAUGAUUCAGCUCCCUUUCGUUUACUCAAGACCUGCUCUGCCCGUGCCCGAGGAGUCUGUUAUUGCUCGGGGUGGUAUCGAUCGCUGGCCUCACCUCAGGGACUUAAAACUUCCGCUUAUUGAAUCGCCUAAAGUCACGCUACUCAUGGGUCAGGAUGUACCAGAGGCUCUAUUGCCCAUUUCAAUCAGAAAGGGGGGCCCCGGCGAGCCAUACGCUACUGAAACUGCCCUUGGUUGGACUUUGAACGGUCCCAUCGGACAAAUGCCUACUGUGUCAUCAUGCAACUUUGUUGCCAUGGAUCCCCUGGAGCGCCAGGUUGAGAAGUUUUGGAAAGUCGAGAACAAUACAGACUCUGUUGCCUUAUCUGUUGAGGACAGAAAGGUUGUGAGGACAUGGGAAGAAUCUAUAAGGCAAGUGGAUGGCCAUUACCAGCUACCCAUUCCAUUUCGAAUUGAGAAUCCGGAUCUCGCCAACAAUGUUACCGCUGCUAAACGUAGGCUGGAUUCGCUGCAACGGAAACUAGAACGUGACGAGAAGCUUUUUGCUGAGUACAAAAAGGGUAUUGAUGACCUUCUGGCGAAUGGCUUCGCGGAGAGGGUGCCAGAUGGUGAGCUUCAAGGUACCCCGGGUAAAACCUGGUACCUCCCGCAUCACGCUGUAUCGAAUCCGAAUAAGGACAAAAUACGAAUCGUCUUUGACUGUUCCGCGGAAUAUAAUGGGGCUUCGCUGAAUUCGAAGGUCAUGCAGGGCCCUGACCUCACCAAUAAACUAGUGGGCGUCUUGCUCAGAUUCAGAGAGGAGAAAACGGCGAUCAUGGCUGACAUCAAGGCUAUGUUCCAUCAGGUGAUGGUCGACCCUACUGAUCGAGAUGUCCUCCGGUUCCUAUGGUGGCCUGGAGGUGACAUGAGCAAAGAACCGGUCGCUUAUCGUUUACGUGUCCAUCUGUUUGGAGGGGUGUGGAGCCCCAGCGCGGCUAACUUCGCUGUGAAGCAGGCCGCUCUCGACCAUCGUGAUGAAUUCGACGAUAUCACAGUUGACAGUAUUAACAAUAGCCUUUAUGUCGAUGACCUGUGUAAGUCUGUGGUGUCUCCAGAAAUAGGCACUGAGCUGGCUGACCAGCUGUGCAAGCUGCUGAGGCUUGCAGGUUUCCAUCUCACGAAAUGGCUCAGUAAUGAUCGGGAUGUUAUUGGGUCGCUGCCAGAAGAGGACCGAGCGCCAAAAAUCAAAGAUCUGGACCUAGACAAUUCAGACAUACCAACCGAUCGUGUUCUGGGAGUAGUAUGGGACCCUGAGGCUGAUUCCCUCGGAGUCCGUGCCAAAGUCGUUGAUAAACCCUUAACGCGACGUGGGGUACUCAGUGUUGUUAGCUCCGUAUAUGACCCCAUGGGCAUCGUAAGCCCUUUUGUCUUACCUGCAAAGGUGCUCAUUCAGGAACUCUGUCGCCGAGGGGCUGGAUGGGACGAACCCCUGUCUAAGUGUGAAGUUACAGAGUGGGAACGCUGGAAAUGUGAUGUGAGAAAGCUCCAGAUAUUUUCUGUUAAUAGGUGUUUCCACCCUUGUGAUUUUGGUGAAGUUGCCAGCACAGAGCUUCACCAUUUUUCUGACGCCAAUGAGAAAGCCUAUGGAUCGGUCUGCUUCGUUCGCCAAACCAGUCACAAUGGUAAGAUUCAUUGCACCAUUGUCUUUGCCAAGUCAAAAUUGGCACCAUUGAACAGACUCACGAUACCCCGUCUCGAGUUGCUCGCUGCAGUCGAGGCAGUGAAAAUUGAUCAGAUGUUGAGACAGGAGCUGGAUAUUCCAAUCACAAGCUCAACAUUCUGGACUGACAGCAUGCUGGUACUUCAAUUCAUAAGCAAUGAAUCUAAAAGGUUCAAGACGUUUGUAGCUAACCGUGUUGCUUACAUUUGCUCACAUACUUCCCCUUCUCAAUGGAGGUAUGUCGAAACUGACAAAAAUCCCGGUGAUGAUGUCUCGCGUGGGAUGACUGCUGACCAAAUCCUGUCCUCGAAAAGAUGGGUUUCUGGUCCGGACUUUUUGUGGGACAAUAAUGUCAAGACAUCCAGCGUGGAUGUCCCAGUGAUGAAUGAGAACUGUGAGAUACGCAAAUCACAUGUUUUUGCUACUUGUACGAGUGGCGAGGAAUUGCAGGGUGUGGACAAGCUCCUGCAUUACUAUUCAUCGUGGAAUCGAUUGCGACAUGCGACUGCUUGGAUGUUACGUUUUAAACAGUUGCUGCUCCAGAGGGUCAGGAAAACGCCUGACCAAGUGCCCAGUGGCAGUCUCACUGUGGAGGAGAUCAAACAGGCUGAAAUCUCCAUUGUUAGAUAUGUUCAAAAAUCAGAGUAUGCGUCUGAGCUGCGUGAUCUUCAGAAUGGAAAGCAGAGUGUUAAGACUUCUAGUCCGCUGUAUGAGUUGGAGCCAUACCUUGAUAGUGCCGGAGUCAUGUGUGUCAGGGGUAGGCUUGAAAAUGCCCCUAUACCUGUAGGACAGCGACAUCAGAUGAUUGUGCCUACGGACUCUUAUCUUGCCAACUUGUUGGUGCAGCACAAUCAUGAAGUAGCAGGUCAUGCUGGUAGAGAAUAUGUGCUGUCUCUCCUGAGACAGAAGUUCUGGCUCCUGAAACCAAGGAACAUGGUGCAAAUGGUUCUUUCUGACUGUACCCACUGUCGCAGGAAAAAGGCCCGUUUGAUGAAACAGCGCAUGGCAAACUUGCCAUUGGAUCGUGUAAUGCCAUAUGAACCCCCCUUCAAGUAUGUAGGUUGCGAUUGUUUUGGCCCGUUUUUAGUCAAAAGGGGUCGGUCAUUCGUGAAGAGAUAUGGUUGCAUAUUCAAAUGCCUGGUGAUUAGGGCAAUUCAUAUCGAAGUGCUGCAUUCGAUGGAUACGGACUCUUUCAUCAAUGGUCUCAGGAGAUUCAUUGCUCGUCGUGAAGAAGCGUCGAAAAUUAGGUCAGAUAACGGGACAAAUUUUACCGGAGCUGACAGAGCCUUGAGAAAAUCGAUCGAUGAAUGGAACCAGAACCAGAUUGACAAAUUUCUUUCCCAAAGGGGAAUCCAGUGGGUUUUCAACCCUGCAGCAGCCAGUCACUUCGGAGGCUGUUGGGAGCGUCUUAUCCGCAGUAUUCGUUCGACGUUGACAUCCGUUAUGAACAUGCCUGCUGUGAAAAACCGAGUCCUCGGUGAUGAGGAACUCGCAACGUUCAUGUGUGAGGUCGAGUCUAUCGUAAACGGUAGGCCUAUUACAUGUGUGUCUGAUGAUGUUCGUGAUAUGGAGCCGCUUACUCCAAAUCACCUGUUGUUGAUGAGGUCAGGGGCUGUGCUGCCGCCUGGUGCCUUUGUUAGCCGUGACAUGUAUCGCUCUAAGUGGAAACAAGCCCAGUAUCUGGCUAACGUGUUUUGGGAACGUUGGGUUCAGGAAUACUUACCCACGCUACAACGGCGCUCAAAGUGGAUUGAAUCGGACAACUUGAGAAAUGGAGACGUCGUCUUGGUGCAGGAUGAGUCCACACCUAGGCAUCUGUGGCCGCUCGCCCGGGUGGUGGAAGUUUUUCCAGGCAAGGAUAAUCUGGUCAGGUCUGCUCGCGUCAAGACCAGGACCGCCACUUUGACCCGUCCGAUUCACAAGCUAAGCCUCUUGGAAUCUAGUGAGGAGAAGCAGCACUUGGAGGACGAUGCGUAG